AUGGCAACUAAUGGUUACAAGAAAAUCCCCAACGAUGACGAUGUAGAAAAAGUCAGCUUUGUGUCUCUUCUUCUCUUUCAAUGGAUGAACAGUGUCUUCAAGACAGGCAGUGAACGAGCUUUGGAUGCAAAUGACUUUUUACCUCUUUCAAACGAGAACACUACCUCUUCAGUAACAGAACGUCUCCAAACAAAAUGGAACGACGAGAUAACAAAUUCCAAAGGAAAAGAGAAAAAGCCGAAACUCUGGAAAAGUAUUCUUAUGAUGCUCUCUGUUAAAGAAAUACUCUUUGUGGUUUUCAUUGGUGUUUUGUACGCAAUUUACUGCCUUCUUUCGCCAUUGUUUCUCGGAUAUCUCAUCAACAUACUAAUUUCAGGCGAACAACAAGAAAAUAAUCUUCUCUACGGUUGCGCAUUAGCAGUGGCUAUGGGUAUUAAUGCUUUGGUUGGUUGCUUCGCUAUGCAUCAUUUUUCCUUCCAAUGUGAACUACAGGGUAUUAGAAUCAGUAGCGCCAUAAAAGGUCUAGUUUACCGAAAGACGCUUAUUCUCGGCAAGCGUGCAUUGUCCAGAUUUUCAACAGGCGGCGUGAUUGACCUUGUAUCAAAUGAUGUACAGCGAAUGGAGGAGGCAGCCCUUUGGUUUGGCCCAAUAAUCCCAUCCUUGCUUACAAUCGUGGUGGCAACGUUUCUGCUCUUUUAUUUGAUUGGCUGGCAAGCCCUUAUGGGAGUAAUCUUUUUGUGUUUUCUUCUACCAUAUUAUGCUGAGACGUCUUCCGCUAGUGCUGCACUACGCCUGCGCACAGCAGCGGAAUCUGACCAGCGAAUUUCCUUGAUGACAGAGGUAGUUUCUGGAAUCCGCGCUAUUAAGACGCAUGGCUGGGAGGAUGAAUACCGAAAGAAGAUAAAAAAUACACGAAGGUAG